AGAAAAAAAACCUCACUUGGAGCUUUUUCUAUUUUUGCCGAAACUUAGGAGCCAAUUGAACUGGAUUAUCCAAGACUAUGUCGUUUUGUGCAAACUGAAACGACCAAUUCCUUGGGUUCCUUCCCAAUCCCAUCCUAAAUCUGAAAAUCCUAAAUGCUUACUUCCCUGCAUUCCAUGCUUCAGCUCCAAGAAGUUCCGACGACUCCGACGAUCGGACAUUGAAGCUCCAUUCACUCUCGUCCUCCACAUUUGCUCUUGAAUUCUGAAACCUCGCUCACUGAUGAAAACGAAAGCAAUAAAGAACACGUGAAAGGGGCUAAGUGAGAAUUUAGUGGUCUGCUUUGGAAUCCUUCUUUAGCCGGCGAAGUUUGGGGUGCGCUUCUGGUGUUCUUCUUCUCCAAAUCUAUUUUUCUUCUACCGUUUACUCCAAAGAAUAUGAUGGUUGAAUUUCAAAAUUCAUUAGUGGAUUUAGUGAUCUGCUCAAGCUGUAGUCCCUGCACCUAGGAGGAGGAGGAAUUGGGAAGAGGGGACAUCCUUUGUCCUAAGAAAUAAGUAGAUUCAACUUCAAAUAUUCUCUUUCGCCCCUCUCUUAAAUUUAAAUUGGUGAAAUUGUUAUUGAAUAUAUAUUUUUAUUUUAAUUGUAAAUUUGAUAAUCUAUGCUUUGCUUAUAUGAUCUUAUCUACCUUAUAUUGGUAUCCAUAAAGGGAAGAACAUGGAACCAGAGGUGGUGAGAGCAGAGCUUGUGUUACCAACACAUUUGAGCUUCAAGAGGAUGCAGAUGUAUGAGAAGUACCCAAAAGGCCAAGCAAGAGGUCGCCAUUGGAAACAUCUCAAGCAAAUUCUUCAGGCUGAGAAUUUCCAAAACUACCCUCCUGAUGAACCCAAUUAUGUUAAUAUUGAGUCCCCACCGUCCAUGCAUCCAUGCAAGAGAAUCUGUGAUAUAACUGGAUUUGAGGCACCUUAUUCUGACCCAAGAACCAACCUCCGAUAUGCCGGUGCUGAUGUCUUCAAGCUUGUAAGAUCACUUCCAAAUGAGUAUGUGCAGAGGUAUCUGGCACUGAGAAAUGCAGCAGUUGUUCUGAAAUGAAUUAUUCUCUGGACACAAUGAUGACUUCUUGUCUGUCAAGAGAGUCGGAGAAUAUGUUUUUUAACUCUUUUUCCACGCUCAAUCAGCACAUAUUCAUGCAAAUUUCAAUAUACAAUCAUAAACUCCGAACCAAUGAAAACUGUAUGAUCCAUAUAUAGUAGAACAAGUAUUAGGCGCUUAAGAUUCUGCAAUAUCAUGAAAGCAAUCCUCUGUUUACCCUGCA